AUGCCUCCGAAGAAGAAAUGUACCCACAAGGUGCCGAAGGCAGAGCUGGUAUUUCUUGAGAGGCCACGAGAGGGACCCGUCCAUUGCUACGAAACUUCUUUACCCUCAGCUAAGAAUCCAAGACGUAUUCCUACAAAACCUAUAGAUCAGAACACCUCUGCUGACUGGGUCUGCCCACAGUUUGAAACAACCAGGUCAGUAGUGUUGAAAGGACAACAGAAGCAGCACUGUGGUCCUCACAAAACCCAGAAUAAGGAUUCCAGCCACAGUUUACUUCUUGCAGGAGGAGCUUGUCAAACAACUAUAGCCUGCAAAUUUCUCCCUUUAACUUUUGAGAAUCCAGAAGGAUUUGCAGUCCCCCUGUCAAAUUAUCUGAAUUGCUCAAGGAAGAACAAACAAUGCUCUCACAACCAACCCAACAAAGGGACAGCAGCAAAAGCCAACAUCCAGGUGCACAGUCAGGAGACCUCUAGUCAAAUACUUUUGUUACCUGCUCCCCAACCUGUGGAGCCAGAGCUUUUUAGUCCACUAGGUACAGAGAUUCCAGAGGUGCCUUCCAUAAGGAACCAGCGAUGCAGCAGCACUCUGCCAAAAAGAAGUAGCCAUGACUGGCAUCCAGAAAAUGAACUGAUGUUUGAUAUUGAUCCCUGGGGGAGAGGGGAGUCAGUAUCAGUACUGGUUACAGAUACUCCUGAGCAUGAAUAUGGAGUAAAGGUCACUUGGAGACAGCGGCCUCAUCUAAUGAAAUACCUGCAGGAGAGAGGAAAGCUGAGUGCUGCUGAUAUACUGGUGAAAGCAAACCUCAAGCUCUCAAGGAGGCAGGCUAACAUCUGA